AUGUGCUUCAUAUGCAAAUUGUCGUUUGGUAACGUGAAUUCGUUUAGUUUGCAUGCGAAUACGGAUCAUCGACUGAAUCUGCUGGAGCUGGAUAAACAGCUGUUGAAUCACGAAUUAUCGAGUGCAAUUAUUCAGCGGAAUAUGGAUGAGAAACCGCAGAUAUCGUUUCUGCAGCCACUCGAUUGUCUACUCAAUGUCAAUCUCGAGCAGCAGCCAGUCGAUUUAGCCAACAAUCAGCAGGAAGUUGCUGCGAGCAAUGUGGAAAGCGAUAACGAUAACGAUAAUGAUAAUGAUAAUGAUAACGAUGACGUUGGAGAUGAUGAUAACGAUGAGGUUGGCGUCAGAGAUGCCGAUAACGAUAUUGAUAAUGAUAACGAUAACACAUCUAUAAAAGUAGCAGCUGCGCAGGCGUCUGUGAAAUUUGGUUCCUUAAAUUCAGCAACAGCAACAAAGACUAAUAAUACUACGAAAUCAACGGCAACUGUUACAACUGCAACAUCAUCGAUAACAUGCAACUCACCCGCAUCAGAAUCGCCUCGGCAAUCGCCAGCGGCUGCAACGGAGGCAACAUCCGAAUGUGGCAGUCGGGACUGCUCACCUCAAGCUGCUCCUCCAGCUGCUCCUCCAGCGAUAAGUUAA